AUGAAAGAAUCUGAAAGUAAAGCAUGCACGUCAUCCUCUUCAAAUAUUUCGUUCUGUGAGCAUUAUAAGAAUAUGCUGGUUGAAGAAAUUGCACUCGUAGAGCAUCCAGCACAUGGACAUUAUGGAAAGUGUUCGGUCAUUGGAAGGCUUUCCUGUACUGGCGAUAAGCUAGAGUCGCUAAGCGUUCCUGAUUUGCCACCUGCGUUGCAGCUACCUGAUGGAACAAGCAGUGUUGAGCUGUGCCUCGACAAUUACUGUGGGAGCAUUCGUGAAGGUAGCCACGUUGAGAUUACCGGCAUCCUAAAAUAUCGCAACAUAUACACUGGAGUUACGACAGAUUCGGGCAUGUUACGUAGCAAUUUGCAAUGCGAUGAUGAAACGAAAUCCAAACAAAGGUACAGCGAAAUGCAAACCCGCUACGUUCCAUUCAUUGAAGUAGAUCAUAUACGAACGGUAACACGUGCAAGAGAACUGAUUUCAUGUAAUCUUAGAUUAAGAAAACUUGCUAUGUGUAAAAGAUUGAACCGUUGA